AUGGCCGGUUUGGGUGAAAAAGUUUUUACAAAGACAACUCCUUCCACGUCAUGGAGUUUAAGUUCUCUUUUUAAUGGAAUAACGGAAUACAGAGAGAAGCUUAAUUUGCCCAAUCCAGGUACUUUUGAAGGUCUACACCGUGAGGUCAAAGCAACAUUCCUUACAAACCAAUUAUUCGAUGGAGGGAGGGCCGAUCUCACCAAAGUUUUAUCACAAAAUUUACAAGUCACGCAUUCCUUCUCCAUGGGUUCAACUUUAACACCACCGACGUAUAAUUUUGGUGCUGCUUACAUUGGUACAAAA